AUGGGUAUUUCAAGAGACUCAAGACACAAAAGACGAGAAACUGGAGGUAAAAGAGCCAUCCACCAAAAAAAAAAGAAGUAUGAGCUCGGUCGUCCCGCCGCUUUAACUAAACUCGGAAACGAGCGUGUUCACGUCGUACGUACUCGUGGUGGAAACCACAAAUACAGAGCUUUGAGACUCGAUUCCGGUUCUUUUUCAUGGGGAAGCCAACAAAUCUCUUUCAAAACUAAAAUAAACAACGUCGUAUACAACCCGACCUCCAACGAGUUGGUCCGAACCAACACAAUUACGAAGAGCUCUAUUGUUACUAUUGAUGCAAACCCGUUUAUCACUUGGUACUACACUAGAUACGGAGUUAAUCUUGGUAAAAACGAAAUCCCUGAUGAAGAAUCAAAGUCGCGCAGCGUUCAAGCUAAGCACGCCGAGCGCUUAGAAAACGAAAACGUUUGCCCAUUCUUGUUGGAACAAUUUAAAUCAGGUCGUUUGUUCGCUAUUAUUACUACUCGUCCAGGUCAAUCCGGUGUUUGUAACGGUUACAUCCUUGAAGGUGAAGAACUCGAAUUUUACAAAAAGAAGUUAGAUAAGAAGAAGAGACGUUAA